CCCUGUUUUCCGUUAGGAACCCGGCGAGGAAAUACAUGCACUGGCUGAGAAUCGCCCGCGGCAGGGCGCAGCGCCACAAGGUGUAGGGAGUGUGUGGGGUGGGGCGAAAGGGGACCCAAGAGUCCCCGUGGCUCGGAGCGCCGGGCCGUCGGUUCUUCAUUCCUGCCCUCGGGGCAGACGGAGUGACCCCGGCCCCCACUCCCCGCCCCGACCAUGGUAGUGUUCAAUGGCCUUCUUAAGAUCAAAAUCUGCGAGGCCGUGAGCUUGAAGCCCACAGCCUGGUCGCUGCGCCAUGCGGUGGGACCCCGGCCACAGACUUUCCUUCUCGACCCCUACAUUGCUCUCAAUGUGGACGACUCGCGCAUCGGCCAAACGGCCACCAAGCAGAAGACCAACAGCCCGGCCUGGCACGACGAGUUCGUCACUGAUGUGUGCAACGGGCGCAAGAUCGAGUUGGCUGUCUUUCACGAUGCCCCCAUCGGCUACGACGACUUCGUGGCCAACUGCACCAUCCAGUUUGAGGAGCUGCUGCAGAACGGGAGCCGCCACUUCGAGGACUGGAUUGAUCUGGAGCCAGAAGGAAGAGUGUAUGUGAUCAUCGAUCUCUCAGGGUCGUCGGGUGAAGGUAGGAGAGUGUGACCUCUCAACCCUGCUCUCUUCCAUUGGCCCUUUGCCUUCUGGGUCUCUUCUUUCCCUCCUUGGCUGGGACACAUGAUAGUGACAUUUAAUUAAUUGGCAUCCUUUAAAGGAAAAGGUUAUUUUGAAGAUGUUUAUGCCUGUGUACCAAAAGGGACCAGCCAUCUGUUAACUUUGGUAGAGCAGAGGGAAGAUUUUGGACUUACCACGUGAGGCCAAUAAAUCGGGCGUUUCUGCAUGCUAUGUGCAAGGCAGGCGGUGGGUCAGCCUCUCCCCGGAGGCUUGCGUGGGGUUUGUGUGUGUGUGUGGUGGGAAGGAAGUAAAGCCAGUUGGUCUAAUGGCAUUCAGAAAUGAAACAAAUAAGGUGAUAAACUUCAGACUCUUCUUUACAGCUUGGAUAGAAGUGCUACUUCUUUUACCAGCUCUUUAGACAGGCAAAAGGUCUGCUCUUAAAUAGUGGGGUGAGGGAACAUCUGCUCCCACUCACUGAUUAGACAGUGUAUUACACCCUCUUCCUCUUACACCCUCUUGUUUCAAUCCUUCUUUGCUCACUUAAUACACUUAAGACCUUUGAAGGGUUUGCUGGGUGUUGAGGACUGAGCAGUCAAGGGAAGAAGGGAAGCCUAGAAAAGAAAACUUUAUCCAAAUGGGAACAAGGAGAUAGCAGCCGACAUAAGCUCUAAGGAAGAUUUGGAAUUGGGACCGAAAUGUAGUUAUUGUGGCCAUCUUUGCUCUCCUCCUCCUCCAUCUGUGGGCACGGGGACACAACAGUUGGCUUUAAUGCCAUGGCAGGGAUAUUGGAAAACCAUGUGUAGUUCCUCUUGGCAGUGAGAAACCAACGAUGUUUGGGGAUUAUGUCCCAAAGGGAAAGAUGGACACAGCUCUCUCAGCUCUCCUGCCUGGAGCACUUGGGUCUUUCAAACAUCUCCCCAGAAUACUGGGGAAUCACAAGCUCGGAGUCACAGCCCCACACACAGUCUCUAGUUUAAGGCUCAGUGAUGGAAGGAAGGAUUACAUAAACACAUUCAAAGGAGUCAGUCAAAUGAUGUGCUUGACAGUGGUGCCUGACGAUUUCCAUUCAGGUAAUUUAUCACCCAGUCUCAACAGGUAUUCGGCAUAAUUCAAUAAUUGUGUGUAUAUGAGGAUUAUAACAGAAUUAAGCCCUCUUUUAAUAGAUCUCAAUUAUUUGGCAUUGGUUUAAAACUUGAAAGAGCCUUACAAAAUUGGUUACUUACAUUUCCUGCUCUUUAUUGCAAUUACAUUUUGGCAUUUCCAACUUCCCUUCUCUGUUCGCAGCUCUGAACAGCCCAGAAUAGAACCUGUUGUAGAAGAUUUGAGGAUUUAACAAUAGUUCAGAUGAAAUAUUGAAGAUGUACAAAAGGGCUUAAAGACAAAUUAAAUGAGCACCAGGGUACCCACUGCCCCAAUUAAGAAAUAGAGCAAGCAGUGAAGGGAAGCCUUGACCUUGCUUUUAACAUAGCAAGUGAUCCACAUUCAACAGACUUCAGAUUUUGCAGUGUGGCCUCCUGAUUCUAGACACUGGCGAAACAUUUGAUGGGCAAAAUCAAUCUCCUUUUUUCCUUACAUAAUCUGUGUGCAAUAUGAUAAUUAAUUAAAUAUGUAUUUCCUGUGCCAAGAUGCUGAGCAACCAAUGGAGGCUGGGACUAUUUUCUUUUUCUUUGAAAAGAUAAAUGACUUGCAAAAUUAUAGAAGACAUCCUUUUUUACAUUAAAGGGAAAGAAGAUGGACAAAUGGAUGAAUAAAUAAAUCAGAAGCAAUUGAUUUUUUUCUGCCUCCAUCUACAGCUUAUUGAAUGUGAAUAGCCAAAGCAAUUUUCACUGGGCUAAAUUCUGAGUCUGUUUUUUAAUCUCUUUCAUCUAAAGAAAAUAGAGUUUACUUAAAAAAUGCUGACACACGCCAGAGUCUGUAAAGUGCUUGCAUGUGUUGCUCUGAAGAAAAGAAGACAUUUUUCUACUCUCUUUUUUUUUUUAUUGCUGUUCUUGGACUUGGGAUCCUUUCUUUGGAUGCUGGGUAGGACUUUCAGUCAUCCCUUCUGAGAAGCUGCUCUUGCUGUUUGUGUUCUAUACAUCUGUUCUCCUAGUCCGGUUGCUGGGACUGUGAGGGCUCCUAGUCUGGAGGUGGUUUUGGAAGGGUUGGGAGGGCAAGGGGAGGCCCUAGAGAAUGAGAAACCACAACACUUCAUACCUAAGCCCUGUGAGAUGGGUCUGGGGUGAAGCAAGUUGCCACUACCACACUCCUGGAUUUAUAGACUGUGGACUUUCACAGAUUCUUGUCUGCAUUUUGUUUUCUUUUUUUCUUUUUUUUAAUGAAAAUACCUAACUCUGCCUUCUGUGAAAGGGAGAGAGUUGAAAUGAGGCACAGCUGAAGUUUCACCACUCCAUUAUUCUGCCAUCAAGCAUCCCUUCAGCUCCCAUCUCUCAAAUGCUGCAGCCCCAUCAAUGGAAAAAAAAUACAUUCAUGGGAAUUACACAAAGUUUACAACACAUGCAAAUUCCAAGGAGCCCAGAGAGAGGUGUGGGGGUUAGAUGGUGUGAGUGACUACAUCCCCUUCUUCUAGGAUGCCCCGAAGGAUUCUUUUCCUUGCCCACAUGCUGUUAGAAAGCCUGGGUGUUUAUGUCUGCUAGAGCUGGAGCUAAUGUUGAUUUCUAACUAAUAAAAUUCCACUGCUUGCAUGUCCUGUGCAGUUCACUAUAAUGGAAUUUGACCAGUGUGUGCUUUGGCUAAACCAGGCAACCUAACCCCAGAUGUUGAGGGGGUCAGGCUGGAUAACAGUUAAGGUCAUUUCUGGUCAUGUGAUUUUACCCUUUGGUACAAUUUGAAUGGACAUCUGUCAGAGCUUGUGGCUGAGGGCUGGCUAAUAUGUACACCAGAAAGGGGUUGCAAGAAAUGGACUCAUUUUGACAGGUAUGGUGCUAGGCACUUUACCUAUAUUAUACCACGUAGCAAACCUACUUGAAAUGCUCUUGUGGGAAGCUCCAGUCUCAGUCCAUGUUUUGCUUACGUUGUAAGUAAUAAUCGCAGGGGUUCUGGUGAGCAUGGCACUCCAGGCUCACCAGAUGCUUAAAGCAUAAUUAGCUCAGGUAGCAAAAGCGUAAACAGCAAUGUAAUUCUCACCUGUGCAAAUGAUGGUUUCCUGCUGUGCCCCGUUGUUAGUAUUUCUUUUUUUGAUAUGAUGUAAUUUGCAUAUUAUUUCUUAUUCUUUCUAAUAAUGUGGCAAAGCCCCAUGAUUUGCAGGCUUACAGAUGAGAGAUGGUCGGGGCCUGACCUGGGGACCAAUAGGUUCUUCUUCCCCUGCCUUCCAUCCAGGUGUUUUGCUCAUCUGGGAGAGUUCUUCAAUGUCAAGAGCAAUGACAAGUAGGCCUCAUUGGCAUGUUUGGAUCACCACCCUGUUUCUCCAACAAAAUGUAGAGGAUACAAAGAAAUGUGAAUGAUUUUUGCAACACAUACAACACAAAUCAUGCAGUUAAGUCGAGUUCUGGAGGAAUUGCAUAUUGUGGAAGCAGAAGAGCAGGGAGCAGGAGGCACCCCGUUUCUUUCUGCAGCCACAGGCUGAAAGUGGUCAGCCUCCUCCCUGGGACUCCACAGAUAGCAGAGAAAGAGCACAGCCUUAGGAGUCCCUCAGACCUGGAUUGAAAUCCUGGCCCUAGUGUUCAUUAGCUUAGAACCUCAGAUUUCUCACCCACAACAUGGGGUUAAUAGUACCUAAGGUAGGUGCUAGGCUAGGAUUGUCAUAAGAACAGUGCUUUGGUACAGUGCCCUUGCAUGCAAGAGAUGCUCAGUAAAUAUCCUGAAGCCUUGGAGACCCGAGGGCAGAGAGGUUGGCCUAGCUCUACCCAGUGCCCAUGAAGGACCAUCAGGCAGGGUGUUCAGGGAAACUGUUGAGGGGAGGUUUCUGACGCUGAGGUGGGACACGUUCACAAGGGCCAAGAACAGAACAAGGUACUAAAGAGGCGACUUCAGGGAGUAAUCUGUGCGGAAGGGACUGUGAUAUUGCUUUCUGCAGAGUUCAUAUCUUGCCUCUGUUUUGCCUAUUCUCACUCUAUUUAUUCCUCAUCCUUUCCCAAGCAAAGUAAUUCCUGGAAGGACAUUCUCUAGCUUCCCUGAGCCACUCAUUUGCAUUCCAUGGCCCUUGAUGCCAGAGGCUUCUCCUUGUCAGAGCCUGGGCUUGUCCCAUCCCUGCUCAGUGUGGACUAGAACAUGUGGUUCCCAUCCUCUCACCCGCCCUUGGGUAAAAGCCCUUUAAAUAUUUGAAGACAGUUACUCAAUAUCUCUUUUUUCAGGCUGAAUCAAUCAAAUCCCUUAACCUUUCAGAAGGGAUAUUUUAGAAAUCUUAACUCAUCUUUGCAACCUCUUCUGGACUUUUUUCAAGUUGGACACACAGACGUGAUCAAACCAGCUUUGCUUUGUUCUGAAAUAAUAUCGUGUGUACAGCGCUUAGCUUUACCAGGUGCCCAGCAGUAUUACCUCCAUGGCGGAGAUGGUGAAAUUGAGAGGUCAGAUGAUGUGCUCCGGGCCAAAAGGUUAAUUAUGAGGCCCUGCUGGGUCUAGUCCCCAGACCACGAUCCAGGUCCUGCUUCCAGUCAUGGCCCCAAUAAUGAGUUUGCCACAUGGCAGUGAUUCCAUCCCUUGCCCAAUCUUUUUAUUUUAGUUCUUUUCUGCAGAAAGCUUUUUAUAGAAAUGUAAAGCCAAAGUUCUUAGCUUUGAGUCCAAAGCUGACCCAGAGAGUCUCUUUCACAAUUAAGCAGAUCUUUUUUCCACUGUGUUAAAAAUAAGAGCUCUCUUGGUCCGAGCUCAAGGUUGGAUCCUUCUCAGUUUGUCUGUAAUGCGGAUCCAUAGCUAAGUCUUGGUCUGAAACUAGACGAGACUCAAAUCCCAGCAGGUUAGUCAUCUUUCCUGCUGACCUGUCCUCCGUGUUAGAGACGUUAGUGUUUGUACUUGAAGGCUCUGCAUCCAUAGCAGGCAUUAGAGCGGUACCUCCAGGGUUGAAAUCGAAGUGAAAGGGGUUUUCUCUUGAAACUGUGUUAGCCAGUGGGCAGGAUACAUAUCGAUAGGUUCUCUCAGAUUUGAGUCCCACUGGAGCUUCAGUUCAUAAGAAUUCUACCUCUUUCCUUCUGAAUUCUAUAUUAAUAAUCCAAUGUCUUCUAGUUAGUUGAGAAUUAAAAAGAACCAUUCAUUCAUAUGACCAAUAGUUAACAAUGUGGUUUUUUUUUUCCUUUUUUGAGAUGAAGUCUUGUUCCAUUGCCCAGGUUGGAGUGUAGUGGCAUAAUCUUGGCUCACUGCAACCUCCGCCUCCUGGAUU